AUGGAGGAAAUGUCGUCUUCCGGUGACCAGCAGAGAUUAGUCACUUCUUUCCUUGAGAUCGCCGUCGAUCAGACUGCAGAAACUGCUCGGCAGUUCUUAAAGGCAACAAGCUGGAAUCUUGAGGAAGCUAUACAGCUGUUCUACGUUGGAGGCGAAGGUGGUAUACUACCAUCUGGUACACACACUCAGCCAGCGUCCAACGAUCACUCGGCUGCACAAUCUCUUGGGGCGGCUACAGACACUGAAUAUGCAAGGAUGCUGCAGAACGAUGUAGAUGAAGUCCGUGCUCCUUUGCCUGUUGUGAGGGAGACUCUUUAUGGUGACUCCAUGUAUUAUGGCCAUGGGGCUAUGAGGGUGGGAAACUCUCAGCGUGAACCAAAUGCUUUGAUUGCUUUCCGUAACUUCAGUGAAGAGCCAAAAAGCCCCGGAAUUUGGGAACCAGAUGAGGGUGCUUCCUCUGCCUCUGCCUCAGCUUCUGCACCGGAGACUGCAUCAGCUCCUCGGGAUAGCUUGGCCUCAUUGUACCGUCCUCCUUUUCAUCUAAUGUUGCAGGGCUCCUUUGAACAGGCAAAAAUCACUUCUUCUUCUCAGGACAAAUGGCUUCUAGUCAACCUCCAGUCUACCACGGAAUUCAGCUCUCAUAUGCUAAAUCGAGAUACUUGGGCAAAUGAGGCUGUCUCUCAGACUAUCAAAGCCAACUUCAUCUUCUGGCAGGUCUAUGAUGAUACCACGGAAGGAAGAAAGGUUUGCACAUACUACAAGCUGGAAUCCAUUCCCGUGGUGCUUGUAAUUGAUCCUACCACUGGUCAAAAGAUGAGAAUGUGGUGUGGAAUGGUCGAACCCGAGACUUUGCUAGAAGAUUUAGUGCCGUUCAUGGACGGUGGUCCUCGUGAACACUUUGCUUCCCUCUCAAAGAAACGGCCAAGAGGCAGCUUCUCACUGGCUCCUCAUUCCAAACCUAAAGAUGUUGCAAAAGAUGAAGAGGAAGAAGAACUGCAGAGAGCAUUGGCUGCUUCCUUGGAAGACAACGACAUGAAAGAGUCGUCUGAUGAUAAGUCACCAACAAUGAUGCCUGAAGAAGUAGCGGUUGAAGCAGUUACAGCCCCGGUCCUGCCAACAUUCCCACCUCUGCCGGAAGAACCAAAGGGAGGCGAUCGCAGCGUUCAAUGCAGAGUCGGGAUCCGUUUACCCAACGGACGAAGACUCCAGAGGAACUUCCUCAAAACCGACACGAUUCAGCUUCUCUGGUCUUUCUGCUAUUCUCAGCUUGAGGAAGAAGAGAGGAAGAAGCCGUUGAAGCUAACACAGGCGAUUCCAGGUGAAUCGAAGACGUUGGAGUAUGACUCUAACUUAACCUUGGAGCAAUCUGGUGUUGCCAAUUCCAUGAUCUCUGCUACAUGGGAAUAG